AUGGAUAACUCUAAUUUCAACAACCCUUCUUCUUCUGCAAACAUGUCAUUCUUUUUAAAUAAUAAUGUGAACAAUGUGAAUAUGAUUAGCAAGGCGAAUAAUAACAGUAAUAAUUGUAAUAGAAGUUUUAUGAAUGAUGGACAAGGCCCAAACAAUGAUAGCUUUAAUCAUUUAAAUAAAAAUGAUGAAUCUAUUGAUAUAUUAGUUAACCAAAUGGAAAAUUCCUUUUCUAUAAGCACUGACAUUAUAAAGAAUGUUAGUAAUUUACUUGAAAGUACAAAAGUAGAUGAGAAAAUAAAAGGAAUUCGAUUGGUUUACGCCUCAUUGCAUUAUAAAUAUAAGAAUAAUGCCGAUUAUAAAAAAAAUUUGUUGAAUAGGGGUUGUGUCAUGUUAAAUAUGCAGGAAAAAAAUGAAGUGGAUAAUUUGGAUUCAGUGGAAGGGACGAAUAAUACCAAUGAACAUCAGAAUAGCUAUAAUAACUUUUUAGGAAAUAAUUAUAAUAGAGAAAGUGUGGGAUUCUUUUCAAAUAAGAAUGAUCCCCGGGGUGGGAUAAGUGGUAAUGGCAGUAGUGUUGGAAGUAAUAAGCCAAAUGAUAACGAUCCGACACACUCAAAUCAUAGCAAUAAUAUUCUAAACAAUUUUUCAGGAAAUGAUCAAAUAAAUCUAAAGGUACUAAAUUCUAUGAUAUUUGCCAAUUAUAAGAGCAUAAAUAAUGUAGAUGAAUAUUUCGAUUUGCUAGACAAAUGCUUGACAAGAGAAAAUGUUGUCGACAUUAAUUUGAGUGACAUAUUUGAAAUGAAUAUUAUCAGUAUAAUAAAAUCUCUUCUAUACAAUUACAUAUUUCAUAAUGAUGAAAUUAUAGUGGAGGCAUUAACCCUAUUGAUUAUCAUUUUUGGUUGUUGUGGAUCAGGUGAAAAAAUAAAACAAGAUAUAGUAGAUGAGCUGUACACAUGUUCUGCUUAUAUGUUAAAAAACAUUUGUCAAAAAUCUUGUGAAAAAGUCUAUACUCCAUUAAUUGUCCAAUUAAUUAUAGCCCUCAUAAGGACCAUAUUAAUAUAUGAUAUAAUGAAAUUAAAAAAUGAUUUAAUAGAUAAUAAAGGAAUAGUCGAAAUAUUGUUAAAAGCAGUAGAAAAUAUUCCAAAUUUGAAUGGAGUUCGUGUUUGUUACACUUUAGUUGUUUAUGGAUUGAAAAUGUUUUAUGUUUCGACUUGUCAAAUAUAUGAAAAAUCAUUUUUAAGAGAACUUGAAAUAAUAAUAAAUUAUUUAUCUACAUGUAUCAAAAUGAAUGAUGAAAGAGUUCUGUUCCUUACAAGUUCUACAUGCAUAACCAUAUGUGAAAAUCAAAUAGGGAUAGAAGUUUUACUCAAGACAGAUAUACUUCACAAUGCAGUGAUAUUAUGUGAAUCUGCAUAUCCAGAUUUAGCUUUUGAAGCAUUGUCCAUUAUUUCGAAAAUAGCGUAUGCUGCCAAUCAUCAGCAAAUCUGUAUACUUAUAUCAUGUAAUGUUAUUAAAGCUUUGAAAAAAAUUUUAAAUAAUAUGAAGAUUAAACCUGGCGCAAGAGCACGUGCAUGCAAUGCCUUAGGAAAUAUAGGAUGUGAAACUGCAUCAGAGGUAGAAUUGUUAAUCAAAAAUGACGUUUUUCCAUUAUUGGUAGAUAUUUUUCAAACAGAUAACGACUUUAACACAAAAAUUGAAGCAGCUUAUGCUGUUUGUGCUUGUUUAUCUAAAGCCAAUCAGAAACAAGUUGGCUAUAUUAUUUCCUGUACAGCUACAACCAACAGGUUGGGACAAAAUAUUUGCAUGCAACUUAUUGCAGAUAUGUUAGAAUUAGUUAGUGAGUCUGAUCCUAUGAAUAAUGGAAGUGUCAAAUUAUGUAAAAGUAUAUUAAGGGGACUUGAAAACAUCUUAGAUAAAGGCGAUGAUGAAACACGUGAUCUGUCCCUAUGGGAAAAUCCAUAUGUUUUCAUGUUUAAGGAGGUACAGGGUGAUAUUAAGCUCUUUCAGAUGCAGUUCUUUCCAGAAUAUUACGUUGUUACAAAGACUUACGAUAUUCUGGCCAAGUAUUUCUCUUUGACCUCUACGUGGAACAACAGAAAAUGA